UGAGGAGUAAGUGACCGGCCCUGGGAUCCCCUAAACUGGUCCUGAGGGGAUCUCCUAAACAUCGCCCCAAACUUUGUCCUGAGGACCGGGUCCAGAUGUGUAGGCCCAGAUCUCCACGUCUGGGCAGGGCACCCUCAAGGUAACUCCACAGAGCACCAGUGACCAGCUCUUCAGAAAGGUGGAGGGAUUGGAAUACAGCCCUCUGGGAGCCUAAAUCCAUCCUACUUAUGCCAAGACCUUUGCCUGGACCUUCAGAGUUGAGAUCUAUGAAGGGAAGAUGUCCUGGAGUUUUGGGUGAUCAGGCAAGUCCCCAUCACUGGGGCUGGAGAGAAAGGACUUGAAAAAAACCAAACAUUAAGACCAGCAUUGAGGAGAGGUGACCAUGGAGGCUGCCUGGUUCCACAUGCUUGAAGAGAGAGUUCUGCUUUCUCAAGAUUUUGUCCUUCCCCAAAAGAGAAGAGUGAAGGAGGAGGUGGAGGGAGUGACUUCUGGGCACCCGAUGGCCAGGUCCCAGGAAUUGGUGACAUUCCAGGAUGUGGCUGUGGACUUCACCCAGGAGGAGUGGAGGCACUUGGAGCCGGCCCAGAAGGACCUGUACAGGGAGGUGAUGCUGGAGAACUAUCAUAACUUUGUCUCCCUUGGGCUUCCUGUUUCCAAACCAGAUGUGAUUUCCCAGUUGGAGAGCGGUGAAGCCCUGUGGCUCCUGGAAGGAGACAGCCCAAGAUGCACUUUUCUAGCUUCCUUUACCCAGAAGACAAGCUAUGAAACUAAGAAAUUGAUUCCAAAGGAGGGUAUUUCUAUGAGAGAGUCAUCCAAGAAGAGAAUCACAAAAGAUGGUCCUUGGCAUCCCAAGUUUGAAGAAACUUGGGAUUGUGAUGUCAUGUUAGCCAGGCAAAAGGGUGGUACAGAGAGACAGUAUUGGCAAUCAAUAGUCACUCACAGAAAACCUUUUAAUGAAUUGAGUGUUCAUGACUUCGGAGGAAAGUUCAGUCUAGUGUCAGUUCUUCCACAACAGACAGGUCCAAUGAGAAAAAGUCUCUAUAAAUAUACAGUUGAAAAAAGCUUUGAACAGUUUUCAGAACCAAGUAAAUACAGUAAACUCUCCUUAGGAAAGGCACUUUCUAAGUAUAAUAAGUGCAGAAAGCCCUUCAGUUACCAUUCAGACCUUAUUCAGUACCAUAGAAUACAUUCUGGAGAGAAGCCCCAUAAAUGCAUUGAAUGUGGAAGAGUCUUUAGCAACAACUCAUGCCUUACUGUACAUCAAAGAAUUCACACUGGAGAAAAACCCUAUAAAUGUAAUGAAUGUGGGAAAGCUUUUAGCCAGAAGGGAAACCUUAAUACACAUAAGAUAAUUCAUACUGGACUAAAACCUUUUGAGUGUAAUCAAUGUAGGAAAGCCUUUGGCAACAAUUCAUCCCUUAUUCUACAUCAGAGGAUUCAUACUGGUGAGAAGCCUUUUGAAUGUAAUGUAUGUGGAAAAGCUUUUAGCCAGAGGGGAUACCUUAAACAACAUGUUCGAAUCCACACUGGAGAGAAGCCCUUUGAAUGUAAUGAAUGUGGAAAAACUUUCAGCAAUAAUUACCACCUGACCCGACAUCAAAGCAUUCAUACUCAAGAGAAGCCUUAUGUAUGUAAUGAAUGUGGAAAAUCCUUCAGCCAGCAAGAGUACCUUAAGAAACAUAAGAGAAUCCACAUUGGAGAGAAGCCCUUUGAAUGUAAUGAAUGUGGUAAAGCCUUCACUGACAAUCACCAAUUAACUAGACAUCAAAGUAUUCAUACUCGAGAGAAGCCUUAUGUAUGUAAGAACUGUGGGCAAGCCUUUAGUAACAGUUCCCGCCUUAGCGAGCAUCAGAGAAAUCAUGCUCGAGGGAAGCCCUAUAAAUGUAAUGAAUGUGGCAAAGACUUCAGGCACAGCUCAUCUCUUGUACAACACCAGAGGAUUCAUACUGGAGAGAAACCCUUUCAGUGUAAUGAGUGUGAGAAAGCUUUCAGCCAGAAGGGAGAUCUCAAUAAACAUAGGAGAAUUCAUACUGGAGAGAAACCUUUCGAGUGUCAUGAAUGUGGGAAAGCUUUCGGUCAAAGAAAGUACCUGACUGAACAUCAGGAAAUUCAUUCUCAAGAGAAACCCCAUAAAUGUAAUGAAUGCGGGAAAGCCUUCAGUCGGAAGAAGUACCUUACUGAACAUCAAGGAAUUCACUCACGAGAGAAACCUUUUAGAUGUAAUGAAUGUGGAAGAAACUUCAGCCUAAGGAAAUUCUUUAUUAAUCAUCAGAGAAUUCUUCAUCCUCAAGAAAAACCCCGUGAAUGUAGUGAAUGUGGGGAGGUCUUCAACAACAUUACAUCCUUUAUUGACCAUCAGAGAAUUCAUAUUGGAGAGAAACCCUUUCGAUGUAAUGAAUGUGGGAAAGCCUUCAGCAACAAUUACCGCCUUACUCAACAUCAAAGAAUUCACACUGGAGAGAAAUCCUAUGUAUGUAAUGAAUGUGGGAAAGCUUUCAUUCAGAGAGGAGACCUGACUAAGCACCACAGAAUUCACACUGGAGAGAAACCUUUUCAGUGUAGUGAAUGUGGGAAAGCUUUCAAUCGGAGUGGGAACUUUAAGCAACAUCAGAGAAUUCAUACUGGAGAGAAACCUUUUGAAUGUGAUGAAUGUGGAAAGACAUUUAGGCAGAGGCAAAACUUUACCACACACAAGAAAACUCAUACUAGUGAAAAACCCAGUGAAAUAUAAUAAUCUGGGGAAAGUUUUUUUUUUUUAGCUCAAAGGAGUAUUCAAAGAAUAUCAGAGAAUUCAUGCCAGAGAGAAUCCCUAUAAAUGUAAAGAAUGUUGAAAGCCUUCAAAAUGUGCUCAUCCUUAGGAAGUAUGGAAGAGUUCAUAUUGAAGCAAAACUCUAUGAAUAUAAUUGACCAUGGGAAAACCUGUGGAUUGUAGUUUAUGUUCUAUCAGAGACUGGAUCCUAGAAAUUAACUGUCAGAGAUAAUAUAGAAGAGGCUUCAUAAAAAACUUGUAAAAUUUUAAAUUCUAGUGUCAAGAUUUCAGAUUUUGUAACAAACUAUAAAAUUGUUUUGGUAUUUUUAAGAGAGAAAAAUAAUUACGUUCA